AUUCCGUUCAAAAUGUCCGGACUUUUACCGCUCUUAAUUUCAAUCGUCGUGAUGUGGCUCCACGAUUCGAAUUGUGCAAGUUUGCCCGAGAAAUCGGAAAUCCGUGUAGCCGUCGGGGAUGAAAACUCGGAGACGGAAGACGCGUUCCGCGAACUGGAGGAUGAAUUUAUGCGAAAAAUUAUUGAACGAUUGUUUGCCAUGUACACGAGCGAAGAGUCAUCCGGAAACGCGGGAAAAGCAGCCAUCACUGAUUCCCUGAUACCGGAAGCGCUUCGAAAUGCGGUUAAAAAUUUCACGCAGAACGUAAUUGACCGAGAUCAAUUAAGACUCGCCAGAGAUUCUAACAGCGAUCCAAAAUUUUUCUCCGGCUGGGUCGACAAAUUUUUUGAAUUUGUAUCGAACGAAGUUCCCCACGAUCCGGUCGAUUUCGAACGUCCAACAACUACGAACAUUAAUUUAAGCGGCGAUACGCAAAAAAAUCAGCAAGCUUAGAUCAAAACAUGGCUGUGAAAUCAUCGAAUGAUUUGUUUUUAGAAUUCGUUUUUAAAUAUACCUGUAAUCUGGUAUUUCAUAUUUUAAAGACGCAAAUAUGUGCAAUCAGGAUUAUAAAUUUCGAAUAAAUUUCGAAUAA